AAAAAGACUCAUUCUCUCUCGCAUAGUAUUCAUCUCCCUCCCUUGCUUGACCCAAUUAUACAUCCCCUAAAUAUCCCUUCGUCCUUUAUAUACGACUAACAAUCAAUCUCAAACUCAAAACCUCCCCAAAUUAUUAACUACCCGUCACCAAAAAAUGAACUCCGUCAAGCUCUUAGCCUUGAACCUUUUCAUCAUCUCCUCAGCCUCCGCUUUCCCUUGGGACUCGUUCCUGAACCUCACAGACUGCCACUUCGGCGACUCCAACCCCCUCGUCCCCCAACUCAAAACCUACCUCCAUCGCUUCGGCUACCGCUCGAACUUCACCGACACCUUCGACGAUGGCCUCCAAUCCGCCCUCAAAACCUACCAGCACAACUUCAACCUCGACCCCACCGGCUUCCUCGACCCCUCCACCAUCAUGAACCUCAUCUCCCCCCGCUGCGGCGUGGCCGACAUAAUCAACGGGACCUCCUCGAUGGCCUCCGGCAAAUUCUCCGGCAGGCACCUGUACGCUUACUUUCCAGGGAACCCGACGUGGCCGUUCUUUAAACGGAGUCUUAACUACGCGAUUACGUCGACUUCGGCGGUUUCGACAUCGCCGUCCGUGCUGAGGGCGGUUUUCGCACGCGCGUUUAAGCGGUGGUCGGCGGCGACGAAUUUGAAUUUUACGGAGGUUCAGGAUGAGUCUGAUGCUGAUAUAACGAUUGGGUUUUAUCGGGGGGAUCAUGGGGAUGGGGAGGCGUUUGAUGGGGUUUUGGGGACCUUGGCGCACGCGUUCUCGCCGACGGACGGAAGGUUUCAUCUCGACGCGGCGGAGGAUUGGGUGGCGGAGGGGGACGUGACGGACGCGGGAUCGGGGAACGCUGUAGAUUUGGAGUCGGUGGCGGUGCACGAGAUAGGUCAUCUGUUGGGUCUCGGUCACUCGUCGGUGGCAGGAGGCCGGAUCAUGUACCCGACGAUAAAGACGAGGACGAAGAUGGAGCUGGCGGCGGAUGACGUUGAAGGAGUGCAGAAGUUGUACGGGAGUAAUCCCAAUUAUAAAGGUCAGCGGCGGCGAGAAUCAGCAGCGAUACAGCGGCGGAGGUGGCCGGAGAAUUGGGACGGGAUUUGUGAUGGGGUCGGUUUUGGUGGGGAUGGUGACGGGCUUGUUGUAGACUAGUAGAUGGUGGUGGGAAUUUUUUUUUAUAAUUAAUGUUUUGAUUACAUAGUUCACGCAUCACAUUCAUUUUUUUAUUACCUUUUUUUUUUGAAAUUUUUUAUGAUACUGAUUACAUAUUUGUAUAGACCAUGAUUACAACAUUUUUAGAAAUUAAUCUUCACCAUUUCUCAUAUUUUUCUGUUCUGACCACAAUUUUGAUACAUUUAUAUGUUAAACAGGUGGAAUUAGGACCUUCAAAAUUCAAUAUCUGAAAAACUUAUGAUAUAUAGAAAAAAGGACCUUCAAAAUUCAACAUCUGAAAAAUAAAAUUAAAUAACCUCCUAACAGCUACAAAAUCAAAAUCUAAAUAGUUGAAAAUUCUAGAACGUCUGAACAUGAAUAACAUAAUGGAUCGGGUGAAUCAUAAAGCCCGAAAAUAAAAUAACAGAAAAUAAAUCAGAUGGCAUUCAAUAACAAUAUUAUCUGAAAAUAUCUUAGGAUGAAAUAUUUUGGGCUUUGAAAACAACAUCAAAUCGAUGUAGCAUUGUAAGGUCUAAAAAGAGUUUUGUGUGUACUCUUGGAUCACCUCAAUGUGAACUUCACAUCAAAAGUUAUGACUGCUUGAAGUUUAAGUGCCCAUAUAGACUUUCUCAUUCUAAUCUAUAUCAUUCAUAUCUCCAUCAAAUUAGAAGGAAGAAAAAUGUAUUGGUGAUUUCACUUAGGACAUCGACUUGAGAAAAUAGAUCUGAAAUAGAUAUGAUUUCUAAAUUAAACAGUAAAGUA